UACACAUGCCAAAAGAUGGAUUCCAACUUAUAUCUUCUGGAUACCAAGCAUGGCUAAAGCAGUGCUCUAUGCCCAGAUCUCUGUGGCUGGGCUGCUCCAGCCUGGCGGACAGCAUGCCCUCGCUGCGAUGCCUGUAUAACCCAGGGACUGGCGCACUCCCAGCUUUCCAGAAUUCUUCUGAGAGAGAAGACUGUAAUAAUGACGAGCCCCCUAGGAAGAUCAUUCCCGAGAAGAAUUCACUUAGACAGACCUACAACAGCUGUGCCAGACUGUGCUUAAACCAGGAAACAGUGUGUCUAGGAAGCACUGCUAUGAAGACUGAAAAUUGUGUGGCCAAAACCAAACUUGCCAAUGGCACUUCCAGUAUGAUUGUGCCCAAGCAAAGAAAACUGUCUGCAAGCUAUGAGAAGGAGAAGGAGCUCUGUGUCAAGUAUUUUGAACAGUGGUCCGAGUCUGACCAGGUGGAGUUUGUGGAGCACCUCAUCUCCCAGAUGUGUCACUACCAGCACGGACAUAUAAACUCAUACCUCAAACCCAUGUUACAGAGGGACUUCAUCACUGCGCUGCCAGCUCGGGGAUUGGACCACAUUGCCGAGAACAUUCUGUCCUACCUGGAUGCCAAAUCAUUGUGUGCUGCUGAGCUGGUGUGCAAGGAGUGGUACCGGGUGACAUCGGAUGGCAUGCUGUGGAAGAAGUUGAUCGAGAGAAUGGUCAGGACGGACUCGCUGUGGAGGGGGUUGUCAGAGAGGAGAGGAUGGGGACAAUACCUACUUAAAAAUAAGCCUCCUGAUGGGACUGCACCCCCCAACUCCUUCUACAGAGCACUUUACCCCAAAAUUAUACAGGACAUAGAGACAAUAGAGUCAAACUGGCGGUGUGGAAGGCACAGUUUACAGAGAAUCCACUGCCGAAGUGAGACGAGCAAAGGGGUUUACUGUUUACAAUAUGAUGAUCAGAAGAUAGUAAGUGGCCUAAGAGACAACAGUAUCAAGAUCUGGGAUAAGAAUACAUUGGAAUGCAAGCGAAUUCUCACCGGACACACGGGUUCUGUCCUGUGCCUCCAGUAUGAUGAACGGGUGAUCAUUACUGGAUCUUCAGACUCAACGGUCAGGGUGUGGGAUGUGAACGCAGGCGAGAUGCUGAAUACACUGAUUCACCACUGUGAAGCAGUACUGCACCUCCGCUUUAAUAACGGCAUGAUGGUGACGUGUUCCAAAGACCGUUCCAUUGCUGUGUGGGACAUGGCUUCCCCAACAGAUAUCACCCUGAGGAGGGUGCUAGUAGGGCACCGAGCUGCUGUCAACGUAGUGGACUUUGAUGACAAGUACAUUGUAUCAGCAUCAGGUGACAGAACUAUAAAGGUGUGGAACACUAGUACCUGUGAAUUUGUGCGCACCUUAAAUGGCCACAAACGAGGCAUUGCGUGUCUGCAGUACAGAGAUAGGCUAGUAGUGAGCGGCUCUUCGGAUAAUACUAUCAGGCUGUGGGAUAUCGAGUGCGGGGCAUGUUUACGAGUACUGGAAGGCCACGAAGAGUUGGUGAGAUGUAUACGCUUUGAUAACAAGAGGAUAGUCAGCGGUGCAUAUGAUGGGAAAAUUAAAGUGUGGGAUCUGGUGGCUGCUUUGGAUCCCCGUGCUCCAGCAGGGACCCUCUGCCUGCGAACCCUUGUGGAGCAUUCUGGAAGGGUCUUUCGACUUCAGUUUGACGAAUUCCAGAUCGUCAGCAGCUCACAUGAUGACACCAUCCUCAUCUGGGAUUUUCUGAAUGAUCCAGCUGCCCAAGCAGAAUCCACUCGUUCCCCGUCCAGAACAUACACCUACAUCUCAAGAUAAAUAACACUACACUGUACCUCACACUUGCACAGGACUCAUUUAAGCUGCAGUAUUUAAAUUAUCUGCCAAUGCCAGGACAAAAGAACUAUCCACGUAACCAAUACUUGCUGAAGAGAGAGGCUCUCAGACUUGUUUCUGGAACAAAGUUGGCAUGCGGUUGAUCUCAGACAGGGUCUACUCAGCGCGGCUGACUGCUAAAGUGCUGCUAUAUCAGAAGAUGACUUUUAUCUUUCAUGAACAAUUAACAUUUUUAAACCUUCCCUUUUUUUCCCUUCCCUUUUUCCCCCUCCUCCCCAUCUUCCUUUUCACUCCUCUUCCCUCUACCCUGUUUGGUUCCCUUCCAGCCCCAGUCACAGAUGUCCUAUGAAUAUAUUUAAGAUGUUGCCAGAAUGUGUUGCUUUGCUGUUAAGCAGAAGACUUGUAGCCACAGUGCACCCUGCUGAGAGAGUCAC